CCUUUUGAAAGAUGAUCCAAAACAACGUAACGUUUUGAAGUGCAGCUCAGUCUGUCAAUAAUUAUCGUUCUUCAAAGAUCAGCAACUCGGAACUCAAAACGAGAUUUGAGUGAUCGUAAAUUUCAACUAUGGCGGAUGAUUCGGAGUAUUUGAAGUUGCCUAUCGAUGAGCAGUGUGUUCACAAGGUAUGGAAAGCCAGGUUACAUGGUUACGAAGAAGCAGUGAAGAUCUUUGGCCGCAUCACAGAAGAAAAGAGUCCGGAAUUCUCAAAGUACGCCGGACUCCUCAAGAAGUUUGUAACAGACUCUAAUGCCGUCGCUCAAGAGAAGGGUUUGGACGCAGUUAUAGCAUUCCUUGAAAGGGCUGCCCUAGCGCCAAGAACUUGUGGAGAAGUAGUGUCAGCCAUAGUCAUAAAAUGUCUAAACUCACCAAGGACGAAGACAAGAGAAAAAGCCAGUGAAAUCAUCAUGAUUUAUGUCGAACUGGAGAAGCAAGAAGUCGUCAUGGAGGAAUUACUUAAAGGUUUCACGAACAAACAACCCAAGAUCGUCACCGCCUGCUGCAGGCUCAUCCGCGAGGCCUUACGAGACUUCGGGUCAAAGGUCAUACAGCUCAAGCCUGUUGUCAGGUCGUUCGGCAAACUCCUUGAGCACAGCGAUAAGAAUGUGCGGGAGGAAGCUAAGCUCUUAGCCGUUGAGCUUUACAGAUGGAUCGGUAAUGCUCUGAAGCCCAGCUUGUCUAACAUCAAGCCAGUACAGAUGAAGGAAUUGGAGGAAGAAUUUGAGAAGCUGCCGGGCAAACCUCCCAAACAAACUCGCUUCCUUAAGUCACAGCAAGACCUUAAGGCCGCUGCAGAAGCAAAAGGAGAUGAUGAAGAAGAAGAAGAUGAUGACGAUGAAGUAGAUGCUGGUCCAGCUAUUGAUCCAUUUGAGCUCUUAGAGGCAGUUGACAUCCUCAGUAAGAUACCCAAAGACUUCUACGACAAUAUGGAUGAGAAGAAGUGGCAGACGCGCAAAGAGGCCCUGGAUGGCCUCCUACCUCUCGUCUCGAAUCCCAAGAUAGAACCCGGUGACUUUGCCGACCUCAUACGCAUCUUAAAAAGGACUAUCGCUAAGGACACUAAUGUCAUGAUCGUUGCGCUCGCUGUCAAAUGCCUGACUUGUAUAGCCAAUGGAAUCAGAAAAAAGUUCUCACCGUACGCUGUGCUUUGUAUAUCAACUAUUCUGGACAAGUUCAAAGAGAAGAAGAUUGCUGUAGUGACUGCACUGAGAGAAGCCUCUGAUGCCAUUUUCCCAUCGACAUCUCUUCAGAACAUCCUUGAAGAUGUCUUGGCAGCGUUGGAGAAUAAGAACCCCUCCAUCCGUGCCGAAACCACCCUCUUUCUAAGUAGAGCAUUCCGUAUUUGCACAGUUACGAUGCUUCCAAAAGCUGUGCUUAAGCCACUGGCUAUUCUACUAGUAAAGAAACUAUCCGACACUUUCCCAGAAGUCAGAGAAGGAGCGUCACUUGCUUUGGCCACGGCGCAGAAAGUCGUUGGAGAGAAACCGUUGGCGCCGUUCCUGAGCGACGUGGAAAAGAUCAAACUAGACAGGAUCACUGAGUGUGCGGAGAAGGUAGAGUUAGCCAACGGCACCACCGCUAAGAAAUCCAGCAAGCCAAAAGCAGAAGAGAAGAAGCCCCAGGCUAAAGCCGCACCAGUCAAGGCAGCUCCUAAAAAGGCUGGAGCUAGACCAAAGUCAGCUGGCGCAAAGGCCGGAACCUCCAAGGCAGCUGCCAAGAAGACUGGUAAAAAGAAAGCUUCAUCUUCGGACAACGCUGAAGAAAUGAAGUCGGAACCUUUACUCGCAGAUGAAGAGGUAGUUGAUAAGGCCACAGCGGCGUUAUCCGCAGCUGUCAUCCAGCAGCUUGAGAGCAGUAACUGGAAGGAGCGACUGGCUGCCAUGGAGGAAUUCUUAACGAAAGUACAUAAUAUGGACAAGAACGACGUCAACACGCAAGUCUUCGUCAGGAUCUUGGCCAAGAAGCCCGGUUGGAAAGAAGCCAAUUUUCAGGUUUUAAACGCUAAGAUAACUAUGGUUGGUGUUCUAGCUGAGAAGGCAAACUUCUCACGGCGGACAGCAAGCUUCGUCAUCUCCGGCCUCGUCGACAAGAUCGGAGACAUUAAGUCAGGGGCAAAGGUCAAGGAGUCCUUGACCGCCGUUGCUGAGGCAACACAAUUAGGAUACAUCAGCGAAGAGAUUGUUAGAUAUGCAUUUACUGAACAGAAGAACCCCAAAAACCAGGCUGAGACACUCAACUGGCUCGCCCAAGCUAUCCAAGAAUUUGGCUUCACCACACUAAAUGUCAAGCCGCUCAUCCCAUUCAUUAAGAUGGCUCUAGCGGCCGUCAACCCACAGGUCCGGUCUGGUGCCAUCUCACUUAUAGGUGUCAUGUACAUGUACAUGGGUGGGGUACUACGCUCGCUGUUUGAGAGCGAGAAGGCCGCUCUGCUUGCUCAGAUAGACGCCGAGUUUGAGAAGGUUGGAACCAACAAACCUCCAGCCCCAUUCAGGGGAUUGAAAUCCAAGGUUCCUGGAGGCAGUGCCGGGGGCGAUGAUGAUGAUGAAGAUGAAGAUGAAGAGACAGAAGAAGACGCAGCAGGAGGAGGGGGGAUGAACCUUAAUGACUUGGUCCCGAGGACGGACAUCUCGGGGAAGAUCACAUCAGGUCUUAUUGAAGAGCUAGGUGAUCAAAAGUGGAAGAUCAGAGGAGAGGCUCUGGAUAAGGUCACAACCAUCUUAAAAGAAGCCGGACACAUCACGCCGAAUCUCGGGGAGCUUGGAGCAGCCUUGAAGGCAAGGCUAGGAGACUCUAAUAAAUUACUGCAAACAACUGCUGCCAAUAUAUGUACAACAGUAGUCACUGCUAUGGGGCCACCUGUGAAAAAGUACGUCACAAGUCUUGUACCUGGACUCUUUGUUAUUACAGCGGAUGUUAAGCCAAGUGUACGAGCAGCUGCCGUGGCUGGACUGAAUGCGUUUGAGGAGCAGGUCGGUUUAGCGCCAUUCAUUGAAGAUGAGAUUCUGAGUACGGCGCUGGCCGUGGACAAACCAAAUCUUAGAAUAGAGGUCUUUGGUUGGCUGGCGGAGAAGCUUGCCAAGUACCGGACUCUACCGUCAGAUCUUGCUCUGUCGGUUCCCUUCCUGUUCGCUGCGUUGGAGGAUCGUAACGGUGAUGUCAGGAAGCAAGCUCAGGCUGCUCUCCCACUCUUCAUGAUGCAUCUUGAGUUUAAUAAGAUGAUGAAGAUGACUAGCAAACUCAAGCCUUCCUCUAAGACCAACGUGUGCGGAAUCAUGGAGAAGCAGCGACCCAACAUACCAGAGAAACCAGGCAAGCCAGCGAGCUCAGGAAAGAGCAGCAAAAAGAAGAAGAAGGUGGUCGAAGAACCAUCCCCGGUCUCAGAAGAGGAGCCAGAAAGACCGGCAGUAAAGGGGAAACGACCAAAGAGCGCACCGGCAAAGCCCGAUUCUAGUUCAGUAAGUAGCUCCGCUUCGUCAGCCAAUGAGAACGGGAGCUCUGCCACCAGUGCCCCUAGCACUGGAGCCAAGAAAUCCAAACAAACCUUGGUUGCCAAGGGAAAGACCAGUAAGUCGAGUAAGAAAGGCAAGGGAGAUGACGAAGACAUUGGUCCUCCGCUCAUUAUGAACAACGGCAAAGACAAACGUCUCAAGGAUGAACAGGAACUCAAGGUUUUGAAGUGGAAUUUCACGACGCCAAGACUGGAAUACAUCGAUCAGCUGAAAGACCAGAUGCAGCCGUGUGUCAGUAAGGCCAUACUGACCAGCCUCUUCCAUGCCGACUUCAAAUAUCAUAUACAAGCACUCACCACCUUCACAGAGAAUCUUGACACCUACAAAGAUGCGACGAUGGCGUCCCUGGAUGUCCUCCUCAAGUAUCUAACAAUCCGAUUCUUCGAUACCAACACCACUGUCAUCAUGAAGACGCUGCAAUACAUCAAAGCUGUCUUCACCGUCAUGGCAGACGAGGAUCUGAGUCUACGAGAACACGAGGCGUCCAGUUUCAUCCCUUAUCUCAUCCUCAAGGUUGGUGACAACAAGGAGAAUAUUCGUAAGGAUGUCCGGGCUGUCAUGCGACUCAUCACCAAGAUCUAUCCAGCCAGUAAGAUGUUUGGCUUUAUCAUGGAUGGACUCAAGUCUAAAAACUCUCGCCAAAGAACAGAAUGUUUAGAGGAACUUGGUUACCUCAUUGAAAGCUACGGAAUGAACGUCUGUCAACCCUCGCCACCGAAAGCCAUGAAGGAAAUCGCUGGCCAGAUUGCAGAUAGAGAUAAUAGCGUACGCUCUGCUGCCCUCAACACCCUAGUGCAAGGGUACCAGGCAGUUGGAGAAGAGAUCUAUAAAUACGUUGGACAUUUGAACGACAAGGACAUGGGAAUGCUAGAAGAGCGAAUUAAACGCUCUGCCAAGAAGAACACCGGAGCACCUCCCAAGGCCGCCCCUGCCGCCUCCCAGCAGAAAGACGACAGGAAGCUUGACCCCAAGAAGGGCGUCUUGCCUCCCGGUUGGAGAGAUCAGUACAGGAACCCAGGCAAGAUGCAGCGGCCAGGCACCGCCCCGGCUGCCGUCAAGAACGGACCCUCUAGUAGGAGUUCCAACCAGCCCAAAACAUUCUCCUUAGACCUGGAGAAGCUUGGAUUGGAAUCCAGCGAGGCGGAAAAUGAGAUGCCUGAGCUCGCUGAUACGAACGUAGAUGAGAUAAUGACAGAGCCAGUAGUACUGCCUAAGAGAAGGAUUCAAAAAUCUCCGAUCCCGAACAUAAUGCAACUCAAUUUCAUGGUCUCGCAAGUCGCAAGCAACGAUCUCGCCGUCAGUAUCAAGUCCCUAGCAAAGCUUGAUGAAGUCUUGAAGGAGCCCGAGCGCAAUAAGAUUCUGAAAGACCACGUGGACCAGCUCCUCGUCGCUACCUCCUUGCAGAUGAGGAUGGCUUUCAGUAAACACAUGGGUGAUCCGUCAACCUCGAGGGAGGUGGUCUUGAUGUGUCGGUGUAUGGUGGCGCUUCUCAUGUCGCUCUUUCAUAGUAAGCCACUUGCCGUAGAAGCCUCCAAGGAUGUCUUGAGUGAUCUCCUGAAUGGGCUCAUCAUGGUGUUACUCGACGAUCGUCUCAUGGUACUCGAAGGAGGCCCUCAAGUGAUGAGAUCUGUCAAUGUUCUUCUGGUUAAAGUGGUUGAGAACGCCGAUCAUAGUAGCACUAUGGGUGCUCUUAUUAAGCUAUUACAAGACUGUGCAGCGCGGGAGAGCAGUGCUCCUAAAUUUGUCCAACUUGUGAUGAAGUGUUUGUGGCGAAUGGUCCGUAUGAUGCCAAACAUCAUCGACAAGUUAAAGGUAGAUGGAAUCCUCCUAGACCUUCAUCACUUCCUCAAAGCGUUCCCCUCAAGUAGCUGGAGCGACCGACCUAGUGACACCCCUCUCAGGACGGUCAAAACAAUACUCCACUCACUGGCCAAAAUCCACGGAGACAAGAUCCUGACGUAUCAGACUUUGAUCACCGACCCGGAGAGCUCGGAAAUGGACGGGUACCUAAAGAGAGUACUAAGGAGUAACUGGAUAUCGUCACAGGGUAGUACAGGUUCCACAUCAGAUUCUGUGAAUGGAUCUAUGGACAAUGAUCGGGCCAAUUUACAGAAUGGGGCCAAAACAGCAGCACGUAAAGCACCUCCAAGAACAAACGACAUCCUAGCAGAGAUCUUCAAGAAGAUUGGCUCCAAAGAAAACACCAGAGAGGGUUUGGCAGAGCUCUAUGACUUCAAACAGAAGUACCCCGAUGUCGACAUAGAUCCCUUCCUCAAUAAGACUUCUCAGAUAUUCCAGAGUUACAUCGAGAGGGGGCUAAGGAGCAUCGCUCUGGAGAGACACGAGAAGGGUGGUGUUACUGCUCCGUCGAUUCCCAAACCUAGGAACAACAACGAGGAAACGGAGACCUCAGACUCGACAGUUCCGCAGUCCGACGAGGACAUCGCCUCCGCUAACGUUCUCCGGGAACGCAUCAAGGUCCUGAGGGCGAGAUGCGGUCUGGACAACGGACCCGACCUUCCUGAAAAUAAGAAGACUGACACUAUCUCCGGCAAUCAGGAAGACACUUUGCUUCACUCUGAACAUCUUUCAUCACAUCAUCAAACUAACGAGCGCUCUGGAAGGCAUCUGUAUAAUCCAGAACGUAUUUCUCUGGGCUCCUCCUCCUCAUCGAUGACCACGCCCUCUCAACCCUCGUCCGUACCCGACACCAACGUUGAGGAUCUCAAGAAAAGAUUACAGCGCAUCAAAAGUUCCCUCAACAAAUAGAAGAUGGGAAAACCUGACGAGUUACCGUGGCAACUACAAAUAAACCCUUCACCGAGAUACAAAGCGUUGUACAAAAUGUGGUUCAGCUUAGACAGGUUACCAGCCAAACAGCAAUGUCACAUACAUUGUUUGUUGCUGGUUCCCUGAUGAAUUCUGCUCGGCAGAGAAACUUGCUUAGUUAUGAUUUUCCUGCUUACUAGCUUUAAGAAACUGAGUGAUGGCAUCAAAUACUCAUACUAUAAGCUCUUUAAAAAAAAUGCUAAGAACAUUUUGCUUAGCAUAAACGCUAACCAGCCAAACUGCCAUGUAUAAUAUAUUGACUGCAACUGGUUCUCUGUUUAUUUAUGCUUAGCAACCAAAUUUGGUAAGCGAUUUUCUUUCUACGGCUAAGCAGCCAAAGUCGGUUCCCUUUAUAUAAAACUCCAUCAAUUAUACGAAGAGCGUUUGAGGGAAAAUCAGAAAUAAUAAGAUAAAUGAUUCAUGGGCUUUCAAUCCUAUCCUCGCUCAAAAUUUCUUGCUACUGUUUGUCAUCGUUAUGGUCGCUAUUGCAUAUGCAAAUGUCUAUGUAAAUUUAUUCAUUACCAUAAAUAUUCAUAGCUUGUGUAUACUAUUUCAUUGGUUGUCUGGUAAUCAUGGCCUUGAUUGUUCCAGUGUCUGUCUUGUUUAUGCAAAUAAAGGACAUGAAGGAGUUGAUGAAAGCUGUUUGCGGGGAAAACAGCACAUGAUUGAAGGGAAGAUAUUCUUCA